AUGGAUGUCCUGGAGGAGAAGGAGGAAGAGGAGCAAAAAGAAGAGCUGAAGGCUUUGGAAUCCAGUGAUAACCUCCAAGAUGUGGAGACAGAGGUGUCUGAGGAGCAAGUCUUUGUCCCAAGUGAUGUCCUUGAUUUUGACUGGAACUCCAUUGACACGUCCCAGUUACCGUUUUCGUACCACACAAAUUCCCUGAAGGAAGAGAAGCUGCUGCUGGUGGCUGAGCAUUUCCUCCAGCAGUACAGUCACCUCUGCCCUGACCGCAAGCUGCUCUUCCUGCACCCAGUCAACGAGUGCGGCCUGCAGAAGUUUGUGAGCACAACGUUGAGGCCGACCCUGCUGCCAUACCCGGAGCUGCAGCACUGGGAUGGCUGCGCCAGCUUCGUCUCUGAUUACCUCACCAUGGAGCCUCUGGAGUCCCCCAUCGCACCGCCCAGUAAACUCUAUUCCCCAACCACCAUCCUGAAAUACCAGCGAGGGAACUGCUUUGACUUCAGUGUGGUGCUGUGCUCCCUGCUGCUCGGGGCCGGGUACGAUGCCUACUGCGUGCACGGCUACGCCACCCGCCAGAUAUGCUCCCUGGACGAGACUCUGGAGCUGUGCCCACUGCUCAGGAAGCCACCAGAGGUACCGAAAUAUGGGAUGAAGUCCAGAAUUAAGACCUUACCAGACCAGCAGAGCAUGUUUGUGCUUCAGCAGGAGGCCAAGAAGAAGACAGAAACUGAAAAGAACAAGGAAAGAGAAGAGGAGCAGGUCACGCGUGACCCUUUGAGUGGCUUACGGGUGCACGCCUGGGUUUUGGUUCUGUCUGGGAAGAGGGAGGUUCCUGAGACCUUCUUCAUCAACCCUUUCACGGGAAACAGCCACAGCACCAUGGAUGAGCACUUCCUUGGCAUUGAGAGCGUCUGGAACCACAGGAACUACUGGGUGAACAUGCAGGACUGCCGGAAUGGCUGCAAGGAUCUCAUCUUUGACUUGGAUGACACUCUCCGCUGGGAAGUUAUGCUUUUGGGGAGCAACAGGUCUCUUAAGCAGCUCUCAGAUGCUGAGAAAGAAAAGAAGUUUCCUGACAGGACCAUGGAUGACAUGGUGAGUGACCCAAAUGCUGCAGUGGUGCAGUGGGGAUGCAGUAUCCAACUGGAAUGGGUAGCCCCAAUCCAGAUCUCUCCCAAAGAGUUUGAGACCCGCUGUUCCCAGGGGAAGAAGGUGACCCUGUACAAGCAAGCAAAACUAGAGAAGUGGUCUCCCUACCUGAAUGAAGAUGGGCUGGUGAAGCGCCUCACCAUCUAUGCAGACUCAGACUAUACUGAAGCAGUGCAGGUGAGGGAGUGGUUCAAAAAUCGAGAAGACCUGCUAGUUAUGAGAGAAGUGAAUAUACAAACACAGGUGAUCACAGACUACUUCAGCCCAGGACACCUCCUCAGUCUUAAAGCUCACAGCUAUAAGUCACUGGAGCCAAAGAGUGAACAUAUAAUGGAGUUCUACCAUGAGGCACGAGUUGAUGGCCUCCAGAAACGUGUUGAAGAUGUUAAGGAGAUGACAGAGUACUUUGUGGGCAGGGAUGACUUCCUGCAUGUCCGGCAGACGGUGUUUGGCAAAAGAGUGAAGAAAGUACACUUGGCUGGCACCAGUAUUGACAGCUCCCGGCCUAUAGUGCAAAUCAAGGAGUGUUUUCACAGAAACCUAGAAAAGCCUGCUGAUGAAGAUAUAGCAGAACGUAUCUUUCUGAUCACAGAGGAGACCAUCAGUCUGACAUAUCACCUCAAGGAUAAAUACAUUACUGCAUCAAAGAAGGAUUUAUUCAAAGCAGCAGAGGAUGAUAGGAGAGGACGUGAAACUGUCAUGACCCCAGAAAUGUGCAUCAUGUACGAGGCUGGGUGCCCUGAGAAAGCCAAGAAGCUGCUCCCUCUCUACAACUUGUUGCAGGAGCUAACAAAGGAAGAGAAGCAGUUGAAGCUGCAAGUCCAGCAGUCUGAAGCAGAGGUGUUAAAUAUUUUGGAGAUCCGUAAGAAUGAAGAAAAUGACAUAAAAUUGUCAGUUUCAAUGUAUAACACUGCGAGGAGUGAAAUGGGAGAACAACAGUAUGAAGUCACGAGCACAACAGAGGAUGAGUUCCUAAGACAAAAGGAACAGGGGCAGGAUUACUUGGCACCUUUUCUUAUUCAAAUUGGCUACAGAGAGAAGAUGACUAAGGGGCAGGCCCUGCGUGUCAGAGAUAAUUGCCUGACAGAUUUGAAGCAUCGUCUCAUUAAUAAAGUUAACAUCAUCCAGGCACGCUUUGAAAAGGCAGUGGAAGAGCUGCAGAAAAAGGAGCAGUGGUUUCAAGAGAAACGGGAUCAGCUCAGCACAGAGGAGGAGGGUGAUUUCCUCACCCAUUACUCUGAAGCCAUGUUCCACAUCCACAUUCUAGCUCUGAGGCUCAACAGGGAAAAACAGGUGGCACCCCAGAAGUACCUUGCUCUUGAAGAGAAGCUGCGCAAGGACCCUCGCCUCGCUGAGCACCUUGGCCAUGCCUGA